GUGGUCGAAGUUGGUCAUGAAAUUCUCAUGAAGUUCCAAGCAACUCGAAUUGUCGACAGAGACACAGAGAGAGAGAGAGAGAGAAAGAGGCAGUGGGAAGGUGAUGUGAGGGGAGAUGCAACGGACUCCUCUCAUCUGUCUUUCGAGGGAAAUCGCCAUUGUGUAUUAGGGCGGGUGGUUGUCAGGAGGAGCUGACAGUAUGUGGGUGGUGUGGAGGUGGGGGAGGUGAAUCUUUGGGGUACCGUGGAAUUUUCUGAAUGUCCUGAGGUGCAUUUUUCUUUCUCUUUACCCCCGUGUACAAUUUUGGUAUUGAUGGCGUUGGUCGCGGUGGUACCACAGGUUGAAGGUUGAAGAAAUUGAUUGAGGUUCGUAGGACAAGUGAGAGGAGCAGAGCAGUGCUGAGAGUGCGUCGCUGAUUCUGCUGCUAACAUGGAUGUGCAGAAGCAGAUUCGUGAAAAUACUCUCGAGUUACACGACUUCUUGAAGGAUUUGAAGGGCUGGGAGAAGUCUGUGAAGGAAAAAGAAAAAAAUCUUCGGAAUGAACAAGCCACCAGGGGAAAUGAUGUGAUUCCCAAUCCAAGGAGGAAUUCCUCAGCUGCAGCUCAUGUUGAAGGCAAGGGAAGCCAGGAGAUAUGUAAAGAGAAGAGCAAUGGCAAGGUUGAUCCUAUUACAGUAAGCGGUAGUAAGAAGACAGAAAAGACUCAAGUUCCGGCCAGCAAACCUGGCACAACAGCUGCGAGCCACACGUAUGACUACUUCCGAGACAAGUGGGAUAAGUUUGAUGUGGAUGCAGCUCUGAAGGAGAUUGAUGAAGAGGACGAAGAUGGCGAAGACUUAGGUCAAAAGAAGGUACAGGACAAGGUAAUACCUCCUGUACGUGGUUCUCAGGGUGGAAGCAAAACUGUCGAGAGAAAACGGACAGCGGAGGCCAUCUCGAAAGAACAAACCAUGGAACCAGGAAAAUUAUUCGGUCGAGGAAUUGGAGCCAUGAAUCGACUUCCUGGUUCCCUGGGAUACGAUGAAGGAAUACCAGACGCAACAUCCGAGAAAGAGCUCGGAAAUGAGUAUUUUAAAGAAGGAAAAUACGUUAGAGCUUUCGAAUGCUAUUCGCGGAGCAUUGCAUUGCAGCCGACUGCAGUCGCUUAUGCAAACAGAGCAAUGGCAGCGCUUAAGCUGAAUAGGUUCAAAGAAGCAGAAGAGGACUGCACAGAGGCCAUCUCUCUAGAUGAUCGUUAUACUAAAGCCUAUGCUCGGCGUGGUACUGCUCGGAGAGAGCUCCAGAAAUAUCUGAUGGCAGUUGAAGAUUUCGAAUUUGCAUUUCGAUUGGAACCUGAAAACACGCAUCUGAAGAGACAGUACAUGGAAGCAAGAGAGACCUAUGAGAAACGCACAGGAAAUAAACCAUCUGAAAAGAAAGUACCUAUCAUUGUUAAAGAAGUUGCAAAAACUUCACCACAAGUACCGGUUGCAGCUAAGUCCUCCGCCAUUGAGGAGUCACCCAAACCUGUUCAUAAACCUGCAGGGCCAACGAGUAGUAGUACAAAAAUCAAUAACGCUGACCUAGCUGGAGAUAUGGAGUCUUUUGGUGCUGAUACGAGGCCAAAGGUUCCCAUCGUACAGGCUAACGGAGCCGGAAGACCUGUAACAGCUAGUCCACAAGCAAAGGCCAAGGCAGCAGAGCAGGCAAAACUGUAUGAGAAGAAACUGGUAGAGGCAGCAGCUAUACAGAACGCUGCAGCCCGAGCAGCAGCCACAGUUGCUAUGGCAGCUGUGCGAAACUUUGCCGCUCCUAAAACAGCCUAUGAGUUUGAAUCUUUAUGGAAAGGUUUUGACGGGAAUCUCGAGGCACAGUCUCGGCUUAUGAAGGUCAUGGAUCCUUCUUCUCUUCCUGGAGUCUUUAAGGAUUCCCUUGGGGCCACUAUGUUGGUGGAAAUUAUUCGUUGCCUUGAACUUCUGUUUCCUGACGAUGCAAGCUUUGCAGUACAAAUCUUGGAGAAUCUGACGAAGGUCGGGAGAUUUAGCAUGACGGUUAUGUUUAUGUCAGCAAAGGAUAAGAAAGAUCUCUGCAGGUUAUGGGAUGAAGUUUUCAUGAAAUCUUCACCGGACAUGCAUUCGGCGCUGAAGUCUUUACGGGCCACCUAUCGGCUAGGUUGAUUUUCGGUCAAUUUCAAUUUUGUUCAUACAUAUCGACCAAUGAUGCCGGAUAGUAAAUGUAGCCGUAUGAAAAUUUUUGGAUACACUUUGUACAGUUGAGGCAGAUCAGCACGUCCUGCUAACAGCCCUUAACUAGGUCCCUCAGCUUACAGUAGUGAUUCAUGUGCACCUUUCUAAGAACAUGACGAACUGGAAGUUGAAGUAGCAAGUUCAUAUCUGGACGGGUUUGUGGGGUUACGGUCUUCUUUGCAGUAGGUACCAUAAAUAUGAAGUGUUGAGCAUAGCCCACUUGAUUGAAAGUGGACUGAGAAGGCCUUGUGAGUCAAGUAGGAGCACAUUCUCGAUGUGGAAUGUGAAAACACCAAAUUUUAAUGAAAGGGGACUCUUUGAACACUGGAUUGGAACAGUAGUUCUGGAGUUUGU